AUUUUUGAGAAAAUUAUUUAAAGAAAAAAUAUUGAUGUAAAACCCCCAAAUGCUACUAAACCCACCACACACAUUUUUCCCUUUCAGCUCUAAAGCGCCACCGUCCUCCGCCGCUCACCGCCGGUAGAAUCUUCUAGAAGAAAAAAAUGUGGAGAAGAUUCUCUUCUCACCUCAGUUCAACAGCUCCGUCCGGCAUUUUAGCUCGAUUUGGAAAUGCUUCUAAGAAGAAUGAGGUGGAGCUUGGUAACUUAUUUGAAACUAGAUUGAACGUGUCUGUUCACUCUAAGCAUAACAGAAAUGCUUCACUGUCAUCGCCUUACAUGGCUUAUAGAUCAUGUUUAUCGCAAUACAGUACCAUGAUCCCAAAUCUCCCUGGAAAGUUCAAUAAAUCAGGUGCUACUUCAGUUGACAUGGUUUCUGAAGAUGCUUCUGCUUUGGCAACUCCCCGUAUCAAAUUUAAGAGGCUCGAUAAAACAGCAAAACAUAUAAUGCAGAUUCUUGAUAAGGAAGCUGUUGAAGAAGUAAAGGUGCAGAGGGAGAUUCCUGAUAUAAAGCCUGGUUAUGUUAUCCAGCUCAAAUUGGAGGUGCCGGAGAACAGGAGACGUGUUUCAAUUGUCAAAGGCACAGUGAUAGCAAGGCGCAAUGCGGGUUUAAAUACUACAAUCAGAUUAAGAAGAAACCUGGCUGGAGUUGGGGUUGAAAACCUAUUUCAUCUGUACUCUCCCAACCUAAAGGAGAUAAAGGUGCUUGACAAGAAUAAAGUGAGGAGGGCCAAGCUAUACUAUGUCAGGGACAAGCCGAACGCUCUGAAAAAACACUAACAACCUUAGCUCACGUGGAAGGGUUGGAGCCUAUCAUCUCAAAGUUGUUUCGCCAAAAUGUAAAAGAUUGCAGCCGAAAACAAUCUUAUUACGUUGAUCAACAUGUAUCAGCAACAUCCCUUUCCUUUUCCAGAUGUUGCAGGUAACUUUUACCAAAGUAGCGAGCAGAUCUUGCCGUAGAAUGGAACAUCUCUCUUUAUUAGAUUCUACAAUGGUCAUAAACAAGCAAUAUGAUUUCUUUACCCAACUUUUGGUAAUUUCUUAGUAGCUGUACUUUUCUGGUCUGUGUUACCCAUCUGAAGAGAUUCAAAUAAAGCAUAUUUCAAGUUUCUUGAUGCA